UGUGCGGCACUGAUGGGAUCCAUGGUUGCAAUUCUUCGUAUGAACCCGAGAAUCAAGAUUAAAUAUGUGGCGAGAAAGUUCAACUCUCGAGUAGAUUGGGUUGCUCGUUUGAUGGCGCGCUCAACGCUCCCUCCCUGACAACUGGAUGAAUAUUCUUGAUUUAAUUUCUGAUUUAUUUGAUUACUGUUGUAAUUGCUGAUAGGAACCACUGUUAAGCAUCAAACCCUAAUUUUGGGGGUGUCUUACCCGGGAGACAGAGACACCAGCAGGGCGCUCCCUACCUGGAGUUUUUACUUCUUCAAUUCUUCUCCUCCGUAUCAGUCUCCUCCCUUCGACAUUUGAACUCGACUCCCUUCAGCGGAAAAGGUUGGCUUUUUUCAUCUGGGUCUUGCCACGGUUACCUUCUCUUGCGCUUCCCGAUCGCCAGCUGAUAGAUUUUACCGGCAACCUCCGUCUUCUGUUAUUCGCUCUAAGCAGCUAGCGCUGCUGCUGUCUCCAUCGACAAGUCUGUUUCUCGAGGUAAUUCUCACAACCAGCAACGCAGCGAUUAUUUGAUAUUCAUUUCAGUUGGUUCGUCAAUCCGCUUCUUGAAUAAAGCUAUAUGCUUCCCUGCUCUUCUCUUCGUACUAUUAGGGUUUUAGAUUUGUGUAUGAUGUAGUGCUCUAGCUCGGAAUCAAAUUGCUGGGAAAUCGAGAUUUUUCUUUCAUGUUUUUUUUCUUCUUUUUGUUUCAAUUCAAUUUUACUCUUUGUUGGAAUUUGAAAUCCUGUUCGUCUUGGGUUGCUUCUUAUCAGUAAGUUUUCUUCGUUUUUUCCUCAACAGUUGCAAGUAGAGUGAAGGCUCUCGAUUGUUACUUCAAGAAUGGCGUUGGUGGUAAUUUGUGGGCAGCCAUGUAGUGGGAAGUCGACAGCUGCUACUAACUUGGCCGAAGCACUAAAACAAUUCGAAUCCUCCUCCAAAUUCAAUGUCAAUACCAUUGACGAAGCCUCCUUCCACCUGGACCGCAAUCAAAACUAUGCCAACAUGCCAGCUGAGAAAAACUUGAGAGGAGUUCUUAGGUCUCAAGUCGACAGAUCCGUAUCAAAGGACAAAAUAGUCAUCGUCGAUUCAUUAAACAGCAUCAAGGGCUAUCGUUACGAGCUAUGGUGCUUGGCUCGUGCCACUGGGAUAAGAUACUGCGUGGUGUUCUGCAAUGCAGAGGAAACCCAAUGCCGGGAAUGGAACCAACAGCGCAGGAUCAAGGGAGAAGCUGCUUAUGAUGAAGCCAUCUUCGACGACUUGGCAAGAAGGUUCGAGAGGCCAGAUCAAAAGAACCGGUGGGACUCUCCAUUGUUCGAGCUGUCGCCACUGAGCAACGGAAUCGAGUCAUAUUCUGAUGUUAUUUCAGAUGCUGUUUAUUACCUGACGAAAGAAGUGGAUUCCAAGACUCGGGAUGUAAGGAUCUUGCAGCCAACUAUAGCUACACAGAGUGCAAAGUUCUCUGAAGCGAACUCUCUGUACGAGUUGGACAGGGCCACACAAGAAGUGAUCAGUGUGAUUGUUGAGGCACAGUCUCGAGCGGCUGGUGGGCCUCUGAAUGGGAUCUCGAUUGGGCAGGGGCUGCCGAAUCUAGAUGUUUCGAGAUCUGUGGGGCUCCCUGAGCUUCGGAGGCUUAGGCGAACUUUCAUCAAAUUGACGGGGCAAACGAGCUUGAGUGGACGGCCACCUCCAUCGGAUUCAGAGAGUGCCAAAAGAAUGUUUGUGGAUUACUUGAACAGGGAGCUGGAUACUACUGCUUGAAGGUACUGAAACUCAGAAGAGCUCCCACCAUGUGCUGGAUAUCUGGUGAGUGACGUUUGUUUGUUGGAUGUUUGUGAGGAGGGAAUGGUGGUGGUAAGUAACAAGUCAUUCUAUUCUUCACACUACACGGGGAAGAAAACAUUAUUGCCCACUGGUUUGGGUGGCUGUGGUUUUAGCGGGUCCACUAUGAUGGCCAGUGAGUGUUAGCCUGUCUGGGCUACUUUUAUAUAAUCUGUCACCAACCAGCUUUCACCCGGCUGUUUGUUGCAGAUGUUAAUGACAUUUUGCUUGUCCAGCAUCCUUGUUAAUUGCAGAACUCCCAUUUCUUUAUUAACUGCCAAUCUGGAUUCUUGAUGAUCAGAAUAAAAAAAGCAACCGUUUUUAUCUGGGAACAUGGCAGCAAGCAAGCUAGCACUAUUACUAUGUUCAGUUUUUUCCAUCGAGUCUUCAGUAUUCUUAUCUAAAGAAUUUGCCUAUGAUACUGGAAAUGCAUGGGAGUGAUCCUUGCUGUCAUUAUGCAACUUUUUUCUCAAAUGGAGUAUGAUAUGUUUACGGAUGAACAAUUUCAACCUCACCUAUUGUAUCCGAUCUGUUUGACUUGUUUCGGAAGGAUAGCUUCCCUGAAGAUGAGGCAUAAAUGUGUACAUUCCCCGACGUGAUUCGUUCUAUUCUCGAUAGUUUUUGUCUAAAUUAUAUAUACUCAAUUACUUAUACUUUUACUUUUAUAAUAAUUUAUUUUAGCUAUAAUAAAGUUAUAAAUAGAUA